AUGAUGUACGUAUUCGUUUCCCCCGGCACAUGCGGACAACUGACUGGCGCUAGCUUGAUUGCCGAAAAGACGUCCAUUCCAAUCCCUAGGAUCAUUGCCUACUCGCUCGAUCAAUCUGCCGAUCCGCUAUCCACCUACAUCAUUCUGGAAUACGUCGCAGGGGACAGGCUGAGUGCCGAUCGGCUCAAGAGUGCAACACAAAUGCAAAAGGGAAAUUUAUACAAGUCUCUGGCCGAAAUGUACAUACAGCUCAGGCGACUCGAGUUUCCCUCCAUCGGACGACUGGUCCGACGUGACGGUGGUUUUGAGGUCGACCGACAGGUCGUCACAAUUGACACCAAUUGCCUCCAAGUCGAGGGCCUAGAUCCAUUUGCCACGCAAUCAUCGUAUCAUGCGGACAGGAGCACUCUGAACUCGGCAAAUAAAUAUGUCGACAUGAGAUUGCAAAUCAGCAGCAACGCAUUUUUCAAAAGCCGAACCAACAUCGAGCAUGGCAUGGGUGCAAGUGUAUUGUAUCAUUUCCAUCGGUUCUGUCAACAUGCUAGAACGUGGACGGAUUCAACACUCGAUCAAGGACCCUUUGUUUUGGUUCACGGCGACUUGGGACCCCAAAACCUAAUGGUAAAUGAGACUCUGGACGUCGUCGCUGUACUUGAUUGGGAAUGGAGCCGCGUCCUUUAUUUGUUGACAGCGCUGUCGGACUUUCUUCGCGUAGUGAAGGAUCAAGAGCUGCGCACUUUUGGAAACGACACGCUCUGCAGCGAAUGGACGAUUCGGAAGGAUGAUGCCGGGCCGCUUGUUGCCAAUGCUUUGGAGAACUGGACCGAUAUUGACUGGUUCGCAUACAGGUACCUAAGCCAGGGGAGGGAUGAUGAACUGGUGGAACGUAUCGAGGCCUUCAUGGAGGCCGAUCCGAUCCGAGGCUUCAUUGUUCAAAUGAAGGAGGAUGACGCCAACGCCUAUGAGCAGGAACUUCGACAGCUUGAACUUGAGACUUGGCAGGCCUCAGCCGGCUUUGGCAACGACACCAAAGACUCGGAUAUAUUUCUAUCAUGGAAGACUAUGGCGUUGCGGGCUGUGCACAGCACGUCGAUGGCUGCUUUGGCGAGUCUUGUAGUUUUAGGCGCAUUCUUGGUGGGUAGAGGAUGGAGGUUAUCCCCAACCCUCUAG